CCCGUGACCGGGCGGACGAUCUCGUCACCGCCGCGCAGGUCGUGUACAACAAGGAGGAUCACACCAAAAACCGCCGCACGGAUACGGAAAAGUCGCGGCUAGACGCGCUGUCGUGCGUGGAUGCGUCGGCUCCCUCGGCCGUCCCCGCCCGCAGCAAAAGCUAGCACCACCGCCGGCACGCCGCGGGGGCGCAGUCAAUGCGAUAAAUUCCGCGGGAAAUUAACUCCAUCUCCUUUUCCAGUGCGCGCUUAACCUUUUCCCCGAUCGUCUCUCUCUCUCUCUAGCUACUCACUUCUUCAUGCGAGGCCCCCGAGCUUUAUAUAAAUCGUGGGUCGGCGCCUUAAAUUUCUCCCUGCCAUCCAUCGCCUCACGAGCAUUGCUAGCUCGCGCGCGGUCGCCAUGCUGCAGGCAGUCAAGUACCUGCUGGGCUCCCCGGGAGCGAAUGGCUUCGGCUCCAAGUCCACUGCCGAAGACGUCACCGCCGCGAGCCCCGACCUCGGCUCCGUCACCGCCAUCAUCACCGGCGCAACGUCGGGGAUCGGGGCGGAGACGGCGCGGGUGCUGGCGAAGCGCGGUGCGAGGGUAGUCAUCCCGGCGCGGAACGUCAAGGCCGCCGAAGACAUGCGCGCGCGCAUCCUGAGCGAGUGCCCCGGCGCCGACGUCCUCGUGCUGCCGCUCGACCUCAGCUCGCUCGCCUCCGUUCGCGCCUUCACCGACCGAUUCCUCGCCCUCGGCCUCCCCCUCCAUCUCCUCGUAAACAAUGCCGGCAAGUUCUCUCACGGGCAGCUCGCGCUCUCGGAGGACGGCGUCGAGAUGACCUUCGCCACCAACUAUCUAGGACAUUUCCUGCUAACGAAGCUGCUGGUGGGGCGGAUGGCGGAGACGGCGGCGGCGACGGGCGUGCAGGGGCGCAUCGUGAACGUGUCGUCCAGCGUGCACGGCUGGUUCGCCGGCGAUUGGGCCGAGUACCUCCACCUCGUCACCCGCCGCAAGAUAGCUUACGACGCGACGCAGGCGUACGCGGUGUCGAAGCUCGCCAAUGUGCUGCACACCCGAGAGCUCGCCGCGCGGCUCCAGGAAAUGGGCGCCAACGUGACGGUGAACUGCGUCCACCCGGGCAUCGUCAGGACCCGCCUCAACCGCGACCGCGAGGGCCUCCUCACCGAUCUGGUGUUCUUGCUGCUGUCCAAGCUGCUGAAAACGAUCCCUCAGGCUGCGGCGACCACGUGCUACGUCGCGGCCCACCCGAGGGUGGCCGGCGUGUCUGGCCGCUACUUCGCCGACUGCAACGAGGCGCUGCCGUCGCCGGCCGCCACCAAUCGCCACGAGGCCGCCCGGCUGUGGCAGAUCUCCGAGGCCAUGAUCGACUGCAGUACGAGGAGCCAACAAAACGAUAGUAUUCCGCUAUUAUUCCCAGACAGGAGCAUCUCCAAAUCUGUUCAAACCUGACAAGCGGCAGCUUAUCCUGAUAGUAGCUACUCUACUUUUCCCCUUUGUUUACCACAGCGUGCGAGAUGUACAAUACUUAUACAUAUUCCUACCAUUGUAAUUCGUAGUAGUAUAUAUUGUUGGUCAAUACUAAGUGAUCGUACGUGUUGCACAGAGGUAUUUGUAAUGUAAG